CUAGGGUUUCCGGUCACCGCGGAUCUCGGCGGCCUCCUCCGCCGAGCUCCUCGCAGCCCCGCGACGCAAUAUCGUCAGCCGUGCCGCCUGAGUGCCCAAGCUUAACAGACUCCGGAUUAUCAAAAGUUGAUGCGAUCUCACCACCAGUGACAAGAGCUAGCCGUUCAAUGCCCUCAAAAUCAGCAUGCUCAAUCGCGAGGAUGCCAGCAUCAGCAAAGAGUUCUUCAGGGAAGUUAUAGAUUAACUGCCUGUUGACAAAAUAGUUGAUCCCAUGCGCUAUAAUCUUCUGCACCUUCUCUCUCAUUUUCUGCUUUUCAGCAGCUUCAAUAUCUGCAACCUUAAACAUUGAAUCCACCCAGACACAUGCCCCAUAGUCUUAAAUCUGUGUCCAUAGCACUGUUUGCAACCAAAAUUUUGGCAUUCUCAAUUCUCUUAGGUUGCCCAAUGCCAAUUUUCUUGUCAAGAAUGAACCCUUCAUCCAAAAAGGAGUCCUUAAGAGAUCCUCCAGGUUUCUUCAGAAUUUGAAUGGCUUCCAGGCUAUUUGAGGAGAUGCCGCCAUCGUCAUCGUCAUCCUUACUCUCUGGCUCCAAUACUGCGAGUGCUGAGCUUCCUCUAAUCCCUUGCAAGCUCUGCAAUGGGGUGGUGAUUGAGCGGGUUUCCAAACAACCAGAAAGCACGUCGAGGAAGUUCUACCGGAUGGGUCUCAAUGUGAUUUUUUUCCACUGGCAAGCGAGCUAUGCUGUUUUGUUAAUCAAGGAUGGGGUUGUCAGUGGUGACCAAUGCCUUGAGUUGUUAAUGGUCGCACUUAAUGAUCAUGGCAAAGCUGUUGAAUCUCUAACCAAUUCCAUCAGAGAAAUGAAGAAAAAGUUGUCCGACCUGGAGUUAGUGAUGGAAGAGCUGGAUAACGUGAAAAAGUCGAUGAAGGCAGCCAUGGUUGAGAAAUUGAGGAAAACAAGAAAUCGAUAGCUGCAUUGAAAUUGAUGGAGAAUGAGAUGCAAAUGCUGAAAGGGCCAACUAAAGUGAAACCUAGGAAUAUGGCACUGUGUUUUCUGCUUUUGGCGUUGAUUGGGUGGUUUGUGAUGGGACAGAUGAAUUGGGGGGAGGAAGCAUCCAAUCGAUUUAUGCUGGGAGGCUAAUGAACUUUGGGUGGACUUUUGUAUAGCUAGAUGUAAUCAGAACUGGUUAGGCACCCUGGGAGUGGAAGCUAGAUGUAAGAAGUUGAUUGUGCUGCGAUUUGAUGCUCUGGAGGAUGAAGAUGGGCUCUGAUCGAAGCAAAGUUGUGCCACUAAUAUUUUUUUCUUAUUGAACUUAGUAGUUUUCUGUAUGAACUUCUGUUUAUCAGAUACCCAGUUGAACAAGUUCAGUACUCUAUUUAUGAUAUUCAAUAUUAGCGGUUGACUUUAGGAAAUCAGAAAUUAUUUGGCUCAUGAUAAUCUCACGUGAUCACGCUGCAUACAGAAGGUGAAGCCUGUUUGUUGGCGGAGUGAGAAAACUUAAGACUAGGGGAAAAUGAACUUGUAAACAAGAAUUCUUGACAGGAAUUAUAGUUGGAUUAAGAUUCUUUUUAUGUACCUCACUUCGGCACCACCGUGAAACCAUAGUGUCCCCAUCCAUGUUGUCCGGAGUCGAAUAAUUGUAUGCAUUUUUUAAUCGAGGACACAAUUCAAUAAUCUUGGAUGCAGAGGAUGAACUAACAGAGGACAAAGCUCACACAACCAUGGAUACAGACGUCAAUCCAAAUUCUGCUUCAAUUUGUAAAGGCUCUUCAAAUUCUACUUCGUUUUGUGAAGGUGGCAGUCGUGAAGGUGGCCAUGAACAAAAAAAUCCAAACACUUUUGUGAGAGAAAGCAGGUCAAAAAGGAGGGCUCUGUAUAAAGCUUGCAUAGAUUUGGCUUGUACGAAAAGUGAAAAUGAUACAUACAAAAAAAUCAUAGGAAACAGGGCUGCUUUGGCAGACUUAUCAAGCAAAUAUCUG